AUGGGGGUGGGUAGCCAGCCAGCCAGUCUGCUGUUGGCCGCAGCAUGUGCUGACCAGGGCACUCCGGGCAGCCAGCAGCCAAUAGGGUGCAGCCGUUGGCAACGAUUAGCCCCGUGUUGCCUCAUCGCCAUGUCCUCAUCCUCGUCCGCAUUAGGGCCAGUGGGGCACGAGGGGCACGCGACAGACGCUGCGGGAUGCGCCCCGGCCAUGGCCUUUGGACACUGCAGACGGCUAGCCACCAAUUGCGUUCCAGAAAAAAACAAAACACCAAAAGCCUUUCAUCGUGCCAUCCGUGCCGGUUGCAUUUUACCGUGUCGUGUCGUGCUUGCUCGACAUGGAGUCAUCGCUGCAGCCAGGCAGGACUAG